GAACACACCACACUGUCUCAGAAAGCUACCUCUGUGGAUAGAGAGGCAGAUGGAAAAGACCUGAACGAAGGUUGCAGCACAACUGAGAAUCACAACUCCUUCUCUGUCACCAUGGAAACCACUGAGCAAUCAGAGCUGGCGAUAGACUGUGUAGAGAAGGUCGCUGUGGUUGAUUCACCUGAGCAGGGAAAGGACUUCAGUGCAGAUGAUGAGCAAGUUUGUUUUGAGACAGACAUAUUAGAUUUCCCAGGGAAAACAGCAAUGCUUGGCAAAUUAUUAACUGACCUGCCAGCCAGCACAAGUGAGAUUGACAAGCCUGACUGCUCUGAGACCACUGUUUGCACUGAAAUACCUUGUCAGGAUCAAAUGGAAGCUUUGAUAUUAGAAUCAGGGCAUGAAGAGCUGAACAGGAAUGAGUCAAUCACCUCAUCUGUGUCAGACACGCCCUCCAGUGCUGACAGUGUUUAUGAGAAUGAUGCUCAUCGUAAGAGGCAGGACAUGCCUGAUCCUGAGCAAAAACAAGACACUGAACCAGACCAGUGUCCUGAGCCAGAGCAAGACCCUGAACCAGACCAGUGUCCUGAGCCAAAGCAAGACCCUGAACCAGACCAGUGUCCUAAGCCAGAGCAAAAACCUGAACCAGACCAGUGCCCUGAGCCAGAGCAAUACCCUGAACCAGACCAGUGCCCUGAGCCAGAACAAAACCCCAAACUAGAGCAGUGUCCUGAGCCAGAGCAAUACCGUGAACCAGAACAAUACCCCGAGCCAGGAAAAUACCCCAAGCAAGAGGAAGACCUUGAGCUGGGGCACUACCCUGAGCCAGAACAAGACCUUGAAGCAGAGCAGUACCCUGAGCCAGAGCAAUAUCCUGACCUAGAGUUACACCAUGAGCCAGAUUCUGAGGAUAAUGAGCUUAAUCUCGGAGAUGAUUAUCAAAAUGUGGCAAUAGACACAGAGGAAGACCAAGACAUCCUAUUUGAACCACCCAUUACAGAGGAGUCGAUAUUAGAGCAGUGUAUUCGGGAAGAUGCAUUGUCAGAUGUUUCCAAUGAAUCCUGCCAUGAUCUUGAGCCUGAUGAAAUGGAAGAAUGCCUUAGAGUUGAGAUUGCAGCAGCUUCCUCAGACAGUGAGGCAGAUGAAAAAUGGAGAACAAUAUUCUCUUCUUCAAUAAAUAAAGAAGAUGAUGACUCAUAUUUGGACAGUCUUCAGCUGAGUGCCCAGGAGCUCUUUGUGCAGAGGGUUGAGGUGACAGACCUUGAGGAACCAGACAACAACAAUUUUGAAGAGGUACGUUUUGAGGUUCCACAAGUGGAGCAAGUUCUUGAACAACCUGAGGAUAUCAUUUCCUUUCCUACCCCUCUACAAGAGGUUAAAUACAACCCUUUAGGCCUCCAAGGUUUGUCUAAAAUCUCUGAAGAUGAGAGCGAAAAUGGGAGAGAUGCCAGUCAUAACCACGCCAACCAUAAGCACAUCACUGCAGAUUCUAACAAGAAGCUUCCGAAAGACUUCUGUGUGAUACAAGAGACUAUGAGCGAGAAUGUUAGCACAGAGCAUGUGGACUUCCAGCUGGCUCGCAAACAGUGGCGGGAAAUGGAAGAGCAAACCAUGAACAAGAUUGUCUUACCUACAACCAAGCAGCCCAGCUUUCAUGGCAGCCACAGCUUCAUGUACACACCUGUCCGUAACAUCGAAAGAACUCACAAGAAAGCACAUGAUCUGGAGAACUUGAAUCUGGCUAGCGAUUAUCCUCAAACCCAAUUCAGCCCUUGCUCAGAGGAUUCUGGCCUGGACGAUUCCAGUUACAGGUCCCCUUACGAUGACCCAGAAACACCAGUAGAAAGGGAGAUUCGCAUAUCAAUGGAGAGAGAAGAAAACUUCAAGAGAGAGAGGGGCUUUUCCAGGAUGGGCAAAUCAACUGAUUGUGCUCCAUCACGAAGUAUGCCUAGAUCCAUAAGCACUCCAUUGACACCAUCAUUCAUCAUCACCUCCUCACCCACGAAGGAACCACUGAAACAUGAAGUAUCAGCAAACAAUGUCAUCAUUCUCGACCCUAGCAAUGACUUUACCUCCGGCCCCAGACGUGACAAAGACAAUAUGACAGCUCAGUCCCAUGAGUGGUGCUCUGAGGACAGCAGCUCCAAUGUCAUCAUCCUAGAGACAUCCAAUCUGAUUAUUCGCAGUACCUCUGAGUUCUCACUCAAUAAAGCCAGCGAGCAACCCCAGGAAAAAGUGUUCCUUAACAAUCCCUUUUUCAAACUGCGUUCAAGAAGCACAAUAUCACUGGUGGAUGAAGAGAUAAAGAUGGUGAAGCAGAGGGAGGAUGAGCUAAGGAAGGAGAGGGCCAAUCUAUAUGGCAAAGACAGGUUCAAUACAGAAAGGAUAAUGUCAAAUCACAUGGACACUUUGUCAUUUGGCCAUUCAGUUGAUGUACCAGUGAAGUGCAAGUCCUCUCCAUCAUCACCAAUGAAAACAGCCUACAGGAUGGAUCGCUCUGCUUUAUCCUGUGAUCACAGAUUUCCAGAGGUCUACACAGGAGGAAGACGCAAGAGUGCCAUGGCUCUGCGUUGGGAGGCAGGCGAGUUUACAAAAAACGACUGAAGAGGAUCAAGUCAACAUUUUGCCAUCUAAAAGCAUCAAUUGUCAGUGUUUUACCCUGUCAGGUUAAAUGCAGUGUUGCAGUUGUUUGUUUCAUCUUGACAUCGUGUCAUAAACUAAACGCUUCUGUGAUGCUUUGGGCAAAACUAAGACAAUGAGAAUGUUUGUGGCCACAUUUCUUUAGGUUAAGUUAAUAGAGAACCAAACAGUAUUAUGCUGUACCAUCAACAAGAUAACCCUUGAUUCUGGUCUGAGAUCAUGCACUAUUUUCAGAUCCCCACAUGGCACUAAAUUAUCCUCAUCCCUUUUUAAUCAACUCUCAGAGCUGCUGGUUUUAUCUCCAGUUAGACCAAAACUUCUAUAACUUGCUGUUUUUAUGAAGUAAGGUUUAUUACAAUACUGACAAGGAUGGUGCCAAUACACAGUUUCCAUUUAAAACUAAUUAUUUUGUUGUUGUUUUUUCAAGUGGUGAUGAUAUAAAUGAGAGGCAAACCCUAGUUAUAAGCUUUUGUGUCAUGCAAUAAUUUUCUAUAACUGUAUGCCUUCUCGUGGGUUACCACUUGCCUAUUGAAGUGUUUAAAAGGUCCAAUACACAAGCUCAGAAUCUCAAAAAAAUCUCAAAGAAAAGAAAAAAACUGCCUUGUGUUUGAGGAUAGUAAAGGCUGAGACUAUCUUAAUACAGAAUAACAUGCCAUAUGUACAUUAAAAGAAUUACUGGUCACUGUAAAGAGAGUUCAACUGAAACUAGUAUGAGGCUUCAGCACUGAGUUUUACAAAUCCAGUGCUCAUCAAUUGCAGACUUAUGGUAUAAUGCUGCCUGUAGUGUUGUAUAUUGGUCUUGUGUUGAAGUAUUUUCCUCCUUUGUGUUUUCUGUAGACCUGCCCUCUAAGGUUGAACAUAGGGCAUAAUUUAUGUUGUUGCUAGGAUGAGGUUUGAUACCACAAAGGUGAGCUGUUGGAAUUUGGGCUAAAGGCCAUGUCACACCAAGCCGAUGGUCCAUCAGUCAAAGUUGGUUGGUGGUUCAGCACAGUACACAAGAAGACAAGUGGAAUUGAAAAAUGUAAACAAGGUCGAGGGACUUGGGUCAAAACAAAUUUAUUCUAUAGGGUAAGACUGUUUUUCUUUUGACAUGGGCUCUGAAAAGAAACGUUUCCUGAUGGUU